AUGGCAGCGACUUUACCCAGAACCCUCGGGGAGUUGCAGCUCUACCGCAUCUUGCAGAGGGCCAACCUGUUAUGCUACUACGACGCGUUCAUCCAGCAGGGCGGCGACGAUGUGCAACAGCUCUGCGAGGCCGGCGAGGAGGAGUUCCUGGAGAUCAUGGCGCUGGUCGGAAUGGCCAGCAAACCACUUCACGUGCGACGGCUGCAGAAGGCCCUUCGCGAUUGGGUCACGAACCCUACCCUUUUCAACCAGCCCCUGACCUCUCUACCUGUGUGCAGCAUACCUGUGUACAAGCUCCCCGAGGGCUCGCCCACGCUGUUGCCAGGCAGCAGUAACCGUGGCGACCCGCACGUCAAAGUCCCGAAGUGCGUGGCCACCGCCUGUGUGGACCCCAGUAAAGGCGAGGCGGGUAACGGGAGCUCGUCGGCGACCGUCUCCCCCCUGCAGAGCGGGAACGAGCCGCGGUUUUGGGCCGGUCACGGCACCGAGAGCGAACACAGCCUGUCCCCGGCCGACCUGGGCUCCCCGUCGUCCCCGCGGGACGGGCUGGAGGCGCUGGACGCGGCCGCGGUGCAGUCGGUGGCGGAGUGCGUGGAGAGGAUCGCCCAGACCCUGCCCAAGAGCGACCCCGCGGAGGUCAAAGAGCAGCUGAAGGGUAAUAAGAAGCUGGCUAAGAUGAUCAGUCAUAUUUUCGACAUGAGUGAAGAGGACCCGCACAGAGAAGAGGAGAUCCGCAAGUACAGCGCCAUCUACGGACGCUUUGACUCCAAGAGGAAAGAUGGCAAACAUCUAACUCUUCACGAGCUGACAGUGAAUGAGGCAGCAGCCCAGCUCUGUAUGAAAGAAGUGGCAUUGCUAACGCGCAGGGAUGAGCUGUUUGGACUGGCUCGGCAAGUCUCCAGAGAAGUCACCUACAAAUACACCUACAGAACCAGCAAGUCUCGGUGUGGAGAUCGAGACGAGCCCUCUCCAAAGAGAAUAAAAACUGAGGAGGGUGGUUUCUUUGACCACCAGGAGGCGCUGCAGGCGAUCCACAUGCGGCAGGAGACGCUGAAGGAGCAGCUGGCUCAUGCCAGAUCAAAAGGGGAGGAGACAGCAGGGCGGAACAUUCAGGUGCAGAUGGAGCGUCUGUUGGCUAAACAGAUGGAGAUUCUCCACGAUGCUGCCGCUCAGGACAGGCUGCAGGCCCUGGAGUGGAGGGUUCCCCCGGGACCCUACAAACACAGCGCAGACAGACAGGCCACCAAUGGCGUCUCUGCAGACAAGCCCACAGAGCAGCAAGGGGACAGGCCGUUGAACCUUAGGGUCAGUACUCAGAGGUCGAGCCUGUCUGACGGAGAGACGCCUCUGGGGAAACAGCUGGCCAAUGAGCUGAAGAGACAUCACCAAGCCAGCACUGAGAGUAAGACUGCAGCAGCUACAGAAAACACAAACUCAGCCGACACAAGCCAACGAGCUCUCAAUCUCUCGGAGAAAAAGACCAUCAAAUCAGAGCCGGAAGAUUCCAGAUAG